UACAGUACCCCUAGUUUCGAUUGCAUUCUCGUCUUUAUUUAAUUUCUUUAAUUUUUGUGGGGGUUAAUUGUUUUUGUGAGGAAAAGACAGCUAAGAAUGGAUCACCCAGAGAUACCUGUAGCACAAGGAACAAGGUACUUAAUGACAAGAAAAGGAAUGGUGAUGGCCGGUGAAAUAGUCAUUUGCCUAAUUGUUCUGAUCUGCAAAGUCGCGACUUCAGGAUGUUAUAUUGGAGUUCCGAUUUGUGAGAUGGUCCUAGCCAUUUUCUUUUUGGUUUUAUUUGCGACGGGAAUGGACAGGAAUUUUGGGGGAGUCCACUGGCUUUGGUCUGACUUCUUCCGAAGUUUGACUGCCUGCCCAGUGGUCCUGAGCUCCGUCAUAGUGUGCUUGAUGAAUGUCCUCAGUGCUGCUGUGUUGGCAGAGAUCCUUAUAAUUCCUGCUGGAUUCUUGUUUGGUUUUGACGCCUGGAUAGUCUUUACCACUAUAAAGAACAGAAGAAACCCAGGACAAAAUGGCGGUGAAAUCAUUGCCUAGAACUUCUUCAACAUCUAACCCACAGCUUUUGUCCCAUUGCAUUGUGUUUUUUCUGCCAAAGAUGU